GUUUUUUAAUUAUCAUGCUAUGAUAAUUAAAAAACAGUAAGUAAGUAAAUAAAAUAGCUUGGAAAUAAUACAUACAAUUUUGCAAGUGAAACAGUUUGUUUGUUUGAAAUAUAUAAUAUUCGAUGCAAAUGUAUUCAUUCUGUUUUGCUACUAGUUGCUGUCAACGUCUGAAAGUUGGUUCGCUGAUGGCACGUUCAAGGUAGUGCCGACCAUCUUCUUCCAGUUGUGGACAAUCCACGCCACAUAUGAGGGACAUGUGGUGCCUUUGGUUUAUUGCCUCAUGCUAAAUAAGGACCAGGCGUCAUAUGCAAGGGUACUAGCAGCACUACAGGAGGGAAGGGCUUUCUACCCAACCAGAAUCAUGAUCGACUACGAAUUUGCAGCGAAGAACGCAUUUUCCCAGGCAUUUCCAAAUGCUCACGUUCAAGGAUGUCUUUUUCAUCUCUGUCAGAGGAUACAUGAACGGAUCAAGCAAGAAGGGCUGCAGGUGCUCUACAACGAGGAUGAGGAGAUCCGGACACAGGCGAGAAUGAUAGGAGCGAUUGCAUUUGUGCCAGUGGAAGACACCGUGGAGGCGUUUGAAGCCUUGGCAGGCAUUGCAAGGGCAGAGCUGCAACCUGUCCUCAAUUAUUUUGAGGAUACUUAUGUGGGUCGACCUCAAAGAGCCGCGGGACAUGGUCGCCAGGCAGCGAGGUUCCCGCCCAUAAUGUGGAACAUGUUCAAUGCGACACUGCAGGGGGAAUUUCGCACGAACAAUCAUGUGGAGGGCUGGCACCGAAGGUUCCAGAUCGGCGUCGGUGCCGACCACCCCUCGUUUUGGCAGUUUUUGACCUGCCUAAAACGGGAACAUGCCAUGAACGAAGUAACGAUCGGACAAGCGCAAGCUGGAAUGGCGCCUCCCGCAAGUAGGAGAGUGUACCAAGAUACCAAUCUCCGGCUCAUCAGGCUCGUUACUAAUUACCAUGGGAGAGACAUUGUAGAUUUUUUGAGGGGCGUGUCCCAUAAUCUUCACUAACGAUCAGUCACCUAUGCUAUUGUACAGUUUUUGAUCAGUCCAGGUGAAUUGUUUUAACAUGCAGGACCUCCCAUUUACUUGGCAUUACAUUAUAUGGGAUGUUUUGUUUUACAUUAAGAGAUGCGUAUAUACAUUGUUGAAUACAGAAUGAUAUCAUUUGAUAUCUUCUUUUUGUAUGCAUUUGAUCGUUUUCAGGAUAAAAGUUUCUAUUUUUUUUAAUUCUCUUUUUUACUGUUUCAUGUUUAUAUGAUAAGCAUGAUUAGCAUCGGGCAAGCGCAAGCUGGAAUGGCGCCUCCCGCACGUAGGAGAGUGUACCAAGAUACCAAUCUCCGGCUCAUCAGGCUCGUUACUAAUUACCAUGGGAGAGACAUUGUAGAUUUUUUGAGGGGCGUGUCUCAUAAUCUUCACUAACGAUCAGUCACCUAUGCUAUUGUACAGUUUUUGAUCAUUCCAGGUGAAUUGUUUUAACAUGCAGGACCUCCCAUUUACUUGGCAUUACAUUAUAUGGGAUUUUUUGUUUUACAUUAAGAGAUGUGUUACGUAUAUACAUUGUUGAAUACAGAAUGAUAUCAUUUGAUAUCUUCUUUUUUAUGCAUUUGAUUGUUUUCAGGAUAAAAGUUUCUAGUUUUUUUUUAAUUCUCUUUUUUUACUGUUUCAUGUUUAUAUGAUAAGCAUGAUUGUGAUGAUCUUUGCCUCUGAGUUUUACUUUGGGAUGUCAGAACUCUGUUUUUAGUACAUGACUUUGAUAAGUCUCCUCCUUUGGCUUCCUUCAAGACAGCAGGAAGGUGUUUUAUUUGUGUUAAUGUAUCAUUAAUAUUUAUCAUGUUUAUCCUCUUCAAAUAUGGUUUUGGGCAAUACGCGCCAAAAUUUGCUGGACAGAAGUUUUAUCGUUGCAGAAAAAGCUCUUCGUAUUAAUCGCAACUCUCAGUCGCGUUCCCUUACAAAUCCUAUAUUCUUUGAAAAUAGCAUGUUAAUAAUUAAUGACCUCUAUCUCUUCCAGUUAGGCCAGUUUUUGUAAACUAACAGUAAUGACAUGCUCUCAAUUUUAUUCAUGAUGUGUUCCUCCCCCCA